CUGUUGGAGGGGAGGAGAAAAACCGGAAAGCUUCUCAGGCCACCGCCGGUGACGUCACCGUCGUUCGCUUGCUUUGUGUGGUCUAUACUCUGUAUGAAGCUGCUAGUGAAGUAAUGAAAACGAAUGUCCAAGGGUUUUAAUCAUGCUGGCUGGAUUGUUACUACUUCGAUUCGAUCACCUGAUCAGAGGAAAAGAAAGAUGAGUCUCACGAACGAAGGAGCCUCAAAGAAGAAGGCUGAUUCAGAUUCUGAAGAGGAUAACAACCUAAAAGAGAAAGGCGUUUCAAACAAAAAGAAAGAGGGUUUUUGUAGUUUUCUGUUCAGGCUAAUGCCAAUGUGGUCAUUCUUUCAGCUUCAACGGCGAAUGAAGAUUGCAGAAUUGAAAAAGCUCUGUGAUGUUGUUGAGGGUAAAUGUGGUACCGGAAAACAACCGUUUCAGCUUCCUGAUUUCAUUGCUGCAACUGGAAUUGAGAAAAUUAGACAGGAAGAGCCAGUUGAUAAGACAAAGCAUUGGGGUGAUUUGGAGAGAGAGGAAGAAGAGGAAGAACCGAUGGAGGGCAAAGAUCUAGAAGAUGGUAUUGAAUCUGUAGAUAGCCUUUCAAGUACUCCCACUGGCAAUGAGAAACCUGAUGUCAUUGACCUUCACAAGCAGCAGAGAAAGGAGCCUGAAAGACCUUUAUACCAAGUAAGUACGAUGGCAGACACUUUCUUUAACGACUAACACGUGUUGUCGGUAGCAAUCUAAAAGGAUGGAUCUUCUGAGAGGUCAGAAAGCAUAUAAAGUGGAUGUUACUACAACCUGAAGAGUUAGAAGCUAUGGAGAACGUCUUGCCUGAAAAGUAACUUUGAGUUUCAAAUUCUUCCACUUUGCCUUUUAGCGGGAGAGAACUAGUUUGUGACUUGUAAUGUUUUCCACAGGUAUGAACAAGCAAGGGGGGGAGAAGAAGCUGCGAAGUCAGCGAGAGGAUUUCAGUGACAUGGUUGCUGAGGUGGUGUGUGCCUCUCGGGUGAGGUUUGUUUUCAGUUACCUUUGUUUUCCAUAAAAUUAUAAUAAGAUCUUUUAAGUUUGUUUUCAGUCGAAGAAGAGGAAACGUAAGAUGUCAUACAUGAGAGAUCUGAGUUCUAUCAAGUUUUGCAAGAAGCCAAGCAGAUUACAGGUGACGGUUACAAGAAUAGCGGGGAAGUGAACAGGUACCAGACGACAUUCAGGGAUAGAUGUAGACGUUUUGGGCAGGG